UGCCGCGCGAGUGAUUUUCCAAGAGUGGAGUAUAAUCUGCAGAGAAUCCAAACAGGCCCCUAAUCGUAUGAUCCAAAACCUAACACGCAGCUUUCCAUCAUUUUCACUCCACCCAACAAAAUCACAAGGCUGAGUUUCUUCACCUGCAACUGCAAUUCGGGAAUCUAUAUAAACCACCAGUGCUAGCAAGAAACGAAGGGCUUAUUCUUUUUGAGAAACAUGGCCUGGAACAGUGGAAUGAGAUCUUGCACAAAGUUGUUGAUGUCUUCAGAAGCAUCUAUGUUAAAAUCAGCAAGUCGUGGGUUUCACUCCACUGGAGUGAAGAGAAUGGGUGGACAUGGCCAUGAUGAACCAUAUUAUAUGCAUGCUAAGCACAUGUAUAACUUGGACAGAAUGAAAAACCAAAAGUUGACAAUGACCCUCGGAGUGUUCACUGCCUUCAGCAUUGGUGUGGGUGUUCCAAUAUUUGCUGUCAUAUUCCAACAAAAGAAGACAGCUUCUGCUUGAACUAUUUUACGUUUUGGUAGCAAUAAGAUGCACUAUCCAAUGGGAUAGUUGAAUGCAUUUACCUCAUAUUCUUGUUUCUAUCUUAUAUUUUACUUUUUCUGUUACCAAGAAAGUAGGCUGUUUUCUCAAUGGUAUUUAUGGCACAGAUUAGUAAGAUUUUUUGAGCGUACUGUUUAUUCUUCAAGCCAUUAUUGUUUUAACUGCUUAAAUUAAUAAGAUUCUUUGAGCUUACUGUUUAUUCUUCAA